AUGGUGGCCUCAUCAUUCCUUCUUCUGCCACUGUAUCUGGCUCAUAUUCCAUCGGCUACGGCAUGGGUCUUUAGUUGGACAAACUCCUCGGAAGGAUUCCUUACGGAUCAUGGAGAUGACAUCCAGUCAUGCAAAACAAUCGAUAAUCCCAAGGGAAAUGUAUUCGAUUGGGAUCCGAAAGGAGGAAACUUUUGCAUCUACCUCUACAACAAUGGAAACUGCUCUGAUCCUUCCGCCGGCUAUACUUGCAAGUUAUGGCCCUGGAACAACCAUGUCGCAGGAUCAUAUAUCCAUUCGUACGAAGUUGUAUUGAACAAUACCGACACUUCAUCCACCACAUCAUCAGCAUCAUCCACAUCAACAACCUCGACAUCCGCGACGUCAAGCUCGACUCAAACAUCGGCUACCGCUGCCUCUACCUCUGCUGCCAGCAAUACCAGUUCACCCACUACAACACCAAUUGCCGCAAGCACGGAUAACAACACGGCUAAAAGCUCAUCUAUUUCUGGAGGCGCUAUUGCGGGAAUCAUUGUCGGCGUCCUCGCUGCAGUUGCGAUUGCAGGUAUCUUAUUCUUCUUCCUAUGCUGGCGCCCUCGCAAGAAGACAACGCCCUCGACCGGAUCAGAGCGACCGGUACCUCCAAUGUCAGAACUCGGCUCAUACGACGACAAGCCAUCUUCCCCUACUCUCAGCUCUCCUACCUCUCAUGGACAGGGCUCAGAUGUGUAUCAGGGACAGAAGCUUCGUGAACUGCCCGGGUCUGGUGUGGCAACGGAGAUGGGCCCGGGUGUCAUGAGGGCAGAACUUGCGGGUUCGACACAUUGGAAGAACUGA